GUUUUCUCAAGACAGCAAACGUAUCAAAAUAGUGACAAAAUGAAAGUAGCAAGAAUUUUUGUAAUAUGUUUGGCUUUUCUAUUACUGGCCGUUGUAAAAAAUUCGGUGGCUCAAGAAAAUCUAAAUCAUUUGGAAGAAAAUUUUCAAGUGGUAUAUGAUGAUCGUAGUGGUGGUGCUCAAGAAACAAAAGUUUUGAAUAGACAAAAACGUUUAACAUGUGAUAUUGAUCGCAGUUUCUGUGUGGCUCAUUGUCUAUUGAGAGGAUUUAGACGUGGCUUUUGUACAGUGAAGAAAAUUUGUGUUUGCCGACAUUAGUUAUAAAGUGGAAAAGUGUUUUUAAAUAAAUUUAUAAAAAAAUAGUAUAAGAUUUUGAUAGAAAAUGUAUAAGUUUAUUAAAUAAAUAUAUUUAGAAAUUAAAGAUAUUUUGUAUAUUUUUUGUUAUAAAUAUAAUUUCAAAAAAAUUUCCGAAUUUUUCAUGGUCCUUCCAGUCUGAUGAAGAUCAAAUUUUUAUUUGAAAAUAAUAAUUGUUGUUAUUUUGUACAUAUGAGUUUUUUUAUAGUAAACAUUAAUAAAUUUAGAACAAUCUCUGGGGUUUUCCCAAGAUGAUUUCUAUUAUCACUGAUAA